UCUCAUGGACUCCAAAAAAGUGAAAUCUGGCUCUAGAGAUGCAAUCAUCAACUCGUUUCCAGAUGAGAUACUUGCUAAGAUCUUGUCCUUUCUUCCUACAAAACGAGCUGCUUCUACAUCUCUUAUCUCCAAAAGGUGGAGGUAUUUGUUUCCAUUGAUGUUUCAACUCUUUGCAUCUCAACAUCAUUUACUUUUCGACUACUCAGAUUUAGUUUAUCCCGAGGAGGGUAAAAGAGAGAGGGGAGAUGUUCAUGAGAGCUUCCGGGAUUUUGUGGAUAAAACCCUUUCGCGUUGCAACUCCGUAAAGAAACUCUCACUGAAAUGUCCUCGUAGUUCUCCUACUACCGAAACCGACCAAUGGCUACGCCGUGCCCUGGAACUAGGUGUCGUGGAUCUUGAUCUGCGUAUUCCAUUAUGUUUCACUAGUUGUUGGCAAGUAAUGCCUACUAGUUUUUUCACAAUCAAGACGCUGGUUAAGCUAACUCUAGAAAUAGAGCGGGGUCCACAUCGAACCCAUAUUUAUGAAAAUGUGUUUCUUCCAGUGCUAAAGAGUCUAUUUCUCCAUGCAGUUUAUUAUACCUGCGCCACCUUGUGUGAUAAGUUUCUUCCUGGUUGUCCAGUACUUGAGGAAUUAUUCUUGAAUUACUGCAGUACCCCACUUUAUGAAAGAUCAAUAUACUCUAUAUCCCACAAAACCCUCAAGAGACUCACAUUGAACUACAACAACACUAUUCCCCACUGUCGCAUCAUGCGAUUCAACACACCGAGUCUUGUUUACCUCGACUUCUCUGGUUCCGCUCCUACUCCCUGUUCUACUGCCAAAUUCGUGGAUUCCCUUGUUGAAGCCAAACAAGAUGUUUUCUUGGAUUCCAAUCCCAAUUUAACUGAACAAGACGUCGAACUGAAACGGCAAUAUGAAGCUUACAUGAAUCUAUGUACGAUCAUGCAUUGGAUGCGCAACGUUAAGACCCUUUCCCUGGCUUCUGCUUCUGUUAAGUAUAUGUAUUCAAGAUGUGUGGCAUUACCUUUCUUCUCAAACCUUGUUAAGCUUCAUUUUGAGAGUAAUACACAACAAGGUUGGGAAGUGCUUCGGCGGAUGCUCAACAAAUCUUCAAAGCUAGAGACUUUGAUCCUCAAGGGCUUGCGCUGUGUAAGUAGUGAGGGAGUCUGCAUUGAUCGAAAUGAAGCAGUGAAGGUGUUGGAGAUAUAUGGGUUUAGAGGAAGUGGUAGAGAAGUGAGACAAGUGAAGUGCUUUUUGCGGGAAAUGCAGUGUCUACAAGUGUUGAAAGUCGAAACUGAUGCUGAUGACUACAAGAAACUGCUACUCAUGAAUUACCUAAUUCUUGGCCUGCCUAAGCGUUCAUCUAAAUUAAAAAUCCUGUUCUUGUGA